AUGUAUUUGAUUGUGGAUACCACAAAAAGAAAGAAAUGUUUACUGUUCGAUGAAUAUCGAUAUCUUCGUGAUCAUAUUCGUAAUACCACAACAUAUUGGCGUUGCGAAAAACUUACUGGUUGUCCUGGUCGUGCAAUACAAAGAGGUGAUGAACCACCUGUAAUUUCAUCACCACACAACCACGAUCCUAACAAAGAACAAAAUGAAAUAAUUAAAUUCAAGUCCGAUAUAAAAUUUCGUAUCCGUGAAGAACAAGUACCACUUAAACAGUUAUAUCGAUCAGAAUUAAUCAAACGGUACACAAUUAAUCCAAAUGAUGUACGUAAUUUACCACAAUUUCAUCAAAUAAAAACUAGUCUUUAUCGAGUUAAAAAUGAAAACUAUCCACCACUGCCACGAUCGAUUAAUGAGGUAUCUAUUGAAGGUAAAUGGAGAAUGUCAAUGGAUAACAAAGAUUUUAUUCUUGUAGACCAUCUUAAUCCUCGAUUUUUAACUUUUGGUACACAACAAUCAUUACAUGAUUUAUGUGCAUUAGAUCAUAUCUUUUUGGACGGAACAUUCAAGUCUUGUCCAGAUCCAUUUGCUCAGCUUUAUACAGUACAUAUUCAAUCAUCAAUUUUGAAUAAUACUGUACCAGUGUUAUAUUCCUUAUUACCAAACAAGACAAAAAAUAUGUAUAAAUUAUUCUUCAAUGAAUUAAGAACAGUUACAGUAAAACAUGAUUUAGUUCUUAAUCCAAGGUUUAUCACAGUAGAUUUUGAACAAGGUGCUAUUAGUGCGUUGAAGCAUAUUUUUCCAGGUGCAACAUUAAAAGGCUGUAACUUUCAUUACAACCAAUGCUUAUUUAAAAAGAUUCAAGAAUUAGGUUUACAAAAAGAUUAUUAUGAUUCAUCUCCUGAUGAUCCAACAAGUGUUAAAAGUUUAUUUAAGCAAACUGCUGCUUUGACAUUUAUGCCUAUGUCUGAAAUAAAUGAUUUAUGGUGUGGAAUAAUGGACAAGUUCGAUCAUAUACCACAUGCACGAGAUUUUUUUGACUAUUUUACGGAAACUUGGGUGGAUGAAGGCUGUUUAUUUCCCAGAACCUUAUGGAAUUACUAUAAUUUUGAUGGUCCAAGGACUACAAAUGGACUGGAGGGGUGGCAUCAUCGAUUAAAUUCCAAUAUUGGUACCACCAAUCCAAAUUUAUAUGUUGUUAUUGAAGAAUUAAAGAAAGAUUAUGCCUUUAACAUGGCUACUCUGAAACAACUUGAGAACAACACAAACAAACCACCACGAAAAAAACAAUUUAUUUUUCGGAAUCAACGUAUUAUGGACUUAAUGACUCGUUAUGGAAAAGGUGCUUUAUCAUUAGAAGAGUAUUUCGUCAAGAUGUGUAAUACAAUUAGUACAAAAUAA